CUGAACCCCUCUGGUGGAGGGAGAGAGAGAGAGAGAGAGAGAGUGAGCGAGCGAGCAAACACACUCACUCUAGCUCUGUAUGAGAGAGAGAAAUGUUAUGUGUGAGCUCAUGUGAGUGUAUGAACAAGGGAUGAUAAAUCCUCUGGAAAAAGGACGAACGAUUAGUAAGAGUAGCUGAAAAGCAGAACCACAGCAAGAUGACAAGGAAAGGACGUGGACCAUUUCUCUCCCUGCUUUGGAUUUUAUAGAAAGACAGAGUUUAGCAGAUGCAUAUUUUUGAGGAUUAAGGAGAAUAAUUUAACGCUGACAUCUUUUUGUCACCAAGUUUAAAUAGAGGAGGAAACUAGAGAUCAUCUGAGGAUCAGAAUUUGCCCUCUCGAGCUCCAGACUUCACUGGGUUUUAAAAACAGGGACACGGGUUAAGCAAAUGUUUGACUGGAGAGAAAAGGAAUGACGAAACGAAGAUGGUGUUUCUGUUUUAUCUGAGCGGCUGAGACUCUGUCUCUCGGGUCGCCUGCUCUUACCCUCAGGGGGAACCUCAGUUCUCUGCCCGCAACUAAAGAUCAGCAGGGUGACUUCCUGAGGGUGGCUGCGCUGACUAAACUACAGCCAUGCUGUGUGGUCUGAGGAGAGACGCCAAGAACAGCAUUGAUGAAGGACCAUACUCAAAGGGGAGCAAGGAGUCCGGGGGAGCUGACCAAUCACAUUCAUCCAGGAGGCGCAGCCUUUCAGCAGAAGAGUACCGAGGAGUGACCACAGUGGACCUGAUGAAAAGGGAAGGCAGCAGCCUUGGCCUCACCAUCUCCGGAGGGUCUGACAAGGACGGCAAGCCCAGAGUGUCAAACCUACGGCCAGGUGGGCUAGCUGCCAGGAGCGACCAGCUGAAUGUAGGAGACUACAUCAAGUCAGUGAAUGGCAUCAACCUGUCAAAGCUUCGCCAUGAUGAGAUUAUCAGCCUGCUGAAGAACAUCGGGGAGCGGGUGGUGCUGGAGGUGGAGUACGAGCUGCCUCCAUUCGUCCAGACCCCCUCAGGAGUCAUAACCAAAACCAUAGAGGUGUGUUUACACAAGGAGGGAAACAGCUUUGGGUUUGUCAUGAGAGGCGGCUUCCAUGAAGACUGGCGCAGGUCUCGUCCUCUGGUGGUUACUUACGUCAGACCCGGGGGUCCUGCUGACAGAGAGGGCACUUUGAAGGCCGGAGACCGAGUAUUGAGCAUAGACGGGAUGCCUUUAAACAGAGAGAAGCACGCUGACGCUUUGACCAUGCUGAUGCAGAGCGGCCAGGAAGCUCUGUUCCUGAUUGAGUAUGACGUCUCUGUCAUGGAGGCAGUGCAGCAAGCCUCGGGCCCUCUGCUGGUGGAGAUAGUGAAGGGUCCCUCUGCCAGCCUGGGGAUCAGCCUCACCACAACAAUAUACAGAAGCAAACAAGUCAUUAUUAUUGACAAGAUAAAGGCAGCUAGCGUGGUGGAGAGGUGUGGAGCGCUGCACGCAGGUGACAUCCUCCUGUCCAUAGACGGGACCAGCACCGAGCACUGCUCCCUGAUGGAGGCCACGCAGCUACUAGCCAGCACCUCAGAUGUUGUCAAACUAGAGAUACUUCCAGCCAGUCAGAGCAGACUUCCUUCCAGGCCACAAGACACAGUAAAAGUGCAGAAGAGCAACCAUCAUCACUGGGACCAAAGCAGCAACUACUGCCAUCCCCCACAUGCCAGCCACAGCAAGACAUGGAGCAGCCCAAGCCACCCACACAACCAGCAGGACCACUGCAAAUCUCUGGUGAGUGGUGGCUUCUCCCCUUCCUCCACAGCCACCUCAGGCUUCAGCAGCCAGGGUAGCAACACGCUGCCCUGCCCCAUCCCUCCGAUCGCUCCCACCAGCCCCCGCAGCUCCACCGGCAAGAGGAGGAACAGGAAGAAGGACCACAAAAGCUCACUAUCUCUGGCGUCCAGCUCUGUUGGCCCAGGGGGGCAGAUUUUUCAUGUGGAAACAAGCGAGGUCGUCCUGAGGGGAGAUCCGCUCACAGGUUUUGGGAUCCAGCUGCAGGGGGGUGUCUUUGCCACAGAAACCCUGUCCGCUCCCCCAGUCAUCCGCUUUAUUGAGCCCGACAGCCCGGCUGAAAGGUGUGGGCUGCUGCAGGUUGGAGACAGACUGUUGUCCAUCAAUGGGAUCCCGACUGAAGAGGGCACUUUGGAGGAAGCCCAUCAGCUGCUCAGAGACUCCGCUCUGUCCAAUAAGGUCACAGUAGAGAUUGAGUUUGAUGUCGCAGAGUCAGUGGUUCCCAGCAGUGGCACCUUCCAUGUUAAACUGCCCAAGAGGAGAGGCGUGGAGCUGGGCAUCACCAUCAGUGCAAGUAAAAAACCUGGCAAGCCCCUCAUCAUCUCUGACAUCAGAAAAGGAAGCAUAGCACACAGAACAGGCACUCUGGAGCCUGGAGACAGGCUGCUGGCCAUCGACAGUGUGCGUCUGGAGAACUGCACCAUGGAGGACGCCAUGCACGUCCUGCAGCAGGCCGAGGACAUGGUCAAACUGCGAAUCCAGAAGGAUGAGGACAACAUUGAUGAGUUGGAGAUGUCAGGCUCCAUAAUCUACACAGUUGAGCUGAAGAGAUACAACGGCCCACUGGGCAUCACGAUUUCUGGCACAGAGGAGCCCUUUGACCCCAUCGUCAUUUCUGGCCUCACCAAGAAAGGCCUGGCAGAGAGGACCGGGGCCAUCCAUAUAGGGGACAGAGUCCUGGCCAUCAAUGGUGUCAGUUUAAAAGGAAAACCGCUGAGCGAGGCCAUCCACCUCCUGCAGAUGGCCGGGGAGUCCGUCACCCUUAAGAUCAAGAAACAAGCCGACCAGUCUGAUGGCCGCCAUCAUCCAGACAGAGAAGCCGGGUUUCUAAGUGACACGGAGGACGAACUGACAGGCUCCCAGAAGACCAGUAAACACUCAGAGGUCUACUCUGCCACUGUUCCCAGUAUAGACUCUGCCAUGAGCUCCUGGGAUAGCUCAGGGUUCGACGCAGGCUACAGUAGCCAAGGGACAUAUCUUCACAAAGCAUCUGAUAUAUUGCUCAAUCCAAAUGAGUGGAGGCGCUCGAAGCACAGGAGCCAAACCAGUUCGAGCUCGGCAGGUUUAGUCCACCACACAGUGCUGUAUGAUGGGAGAUUCACUGAGGAUGAGUGGGACAAGAUACCAGGAUUCAUCAGCCCCCCUCGUUGCCAUGGCACCCUGAACCAGGAGGACAGCUUCUGGUCCCAGGCUCUGCAGGACCUCAAGACCUGUGGCCAGUCAGAGAUUCUCAGGGAGCUGGAGGCAUCCAUGACAGGUAGUGCACUUAGUCUGUACCUAGAGGAGACCAAGACUGAUGAAGAUGUGAUGUUUCAGUCUGAAAUUAGUCCCAUUAAGAGGGAGGGAAUCCAUGCCGAGUCUGAGAACAAAAGCAACCUCAACAUGUCGACUGGAGCCAGAGACAUAUCAGCCAGGGGCAAAGACGACCCUUGCGAUAUUUUGUCCCCAACAACUCUGGCACUGCACAAGGUGACAAUGAGGAAAGACCUUGAGAGCCAUGACUUUGGUUUCAGUGUGUCUGAUGGGCUCCUGGAGAAAGGGGUUUAUGUCAACAUGAUCCGUCCGGAUGGCCCUGCCGACCUGGCGGGUUUAAAGCCUUUCGACCGCAUUCUUCAGGUGAACCGUGUGAGGACCAGGGACUUGGACUGCUGUCUAACUGUGCCCCUAAUUAUGGAGGCUGGAGACAGCCUGGACUUGGUCAUUAGCAGGAAUCCACUGGCGGCAGCAGACACAGGGCUGCCCGACGACUGUGAUGACCCUUCAAACUCACUGUUCUGCUUUCCCGAACACAGGACCAACAGCAUCGCCCUGUGACCACAAAGACAGACACUAGCUUUUUAAACACUAUAGCGCUGGGACCACACACACACACACACACACACACACACACACACACACACACACACACACGUAUGUCACACACGGUUAAGUUUGUCACAUUGUACCUCUGAGAGAGACCUUCACACUCAUGUUCAGCACGUAGAGCAUCCUCUCACAUGGGCAAACGCAAACAGCCACUCUCCACCGCCUGAAAGCAUCUCUCACUCACUAAGUUACAAGUGCAUGUGUUCACUCUUGCCGGUUUUAGUCACUGUGUUCACAUGAUGCAGUUCAGAGGAGGCUCUGGCUUCGGGGGAAGAUUCCCCCCCCAACCCCACCACAUCCCUUCCUUUUCCAGAGGCGAAGCCACAUGUAGAGUUAUAUAACAGGGGAGUCAUAGCUUCUGACGGAGCCAGGAUGUCAACACACACGUCUCCGCUCUGGAGAGAGACCAACACUGCACACAUGCACUGCAUAAAUUAACAAUCUUUUUGCUUUAAUGGGAUUCAUGUUCUCAUUGAAAGAACAUCGACCCAGUUGUAUGAAGUGGAUUUUCUUUUCUUUCUGUUGUACACAAAACACUCGCAUGCAGUGCUUUAUAUACAUAUAAAACACAAACACUGACACAUAGGGUGUAAGUGGAUGAGUUAUUUCAGCCACGUCUUGGCUUACUGCCCUCGUUUCCAGUCUCUCCUCCACACUGCCUGCCCGAGAGAAGGGACAGUGCCUCCAAAUAGACAGAAUGCUCUCUGCUACUUGCCAAGUAUCAUUAACUAUAUUUUAAAGCCCCUUAUAUCUUAAUACCAUGAAUGCUUGUGAAGACACUCUACCCUUUCUGUUUUAAAGUGGGUCUCCCUUGAAGGAUUAAUAGUUUCUAAAUGGUUCCAGAGAAACUCUGGUGUUCAGAGAUAAUGUUGCAUUUUGGAUGUUCUGUUUUUUUUUUUUUCUUGUCACUGUUCUGACUCAGACACACGUUUACAAAGAUAUUAGUCUCAGUUCCACGUUCUUCACGUUUCUUUGUACCACUGCAUUUGCACAUAAGCCACGUUUCUCUAUUAUGAUCAAAGAGUUCAAAUCUCCCUUUCACCUUUUUCACAUUUCCCUUUCACCGUGUGAAUCUGAGUCUCUGUAUGUGGCAUCGCACCAGAAUGAAUUAUAGGUCAGGUCGUGGUUUAUCACUGAUGCUUCCUUAAGUGAAUCACAUCCUUUAUCAAAACAGGGGAUGAAAUGCCUUUCAAUUUUCAGUGAUGAAUGAUUUCACUCCACAUCUGACUGGGUUGAUCAUCAGUGUGUUUCACUCUGCAGUAGCUGUUUCUCCUACCGGUAUCUAUAAGCAUGUUAAGCAUGCGUAAGGUUUGUCCUCAGCAAGUAGCUCCUCCUUGUAACAAAAAACAAAAAAAAAACUGGAGUUUGUUCUGUUUGCUCCAACUGGAUCUUUGUGAGAGUGCUCCCUUUUUUAAUCAUGAAAUUGUGUUUUUAUAAAGUAUUUGUGUAACAAAUCUGGCCUGCUUAUCAAGCUGCCUCUCUGGAAAUAAGAAACAUUUAUUUCAUGUCAUGGCUGAGGUGAACAUGUGAGAUAGUUGCACUUCUUCAGAGCAGCCUUAGAGACUGAUUCAUCCUUGGGACGGUAACUUUUUUCAAUCAGAUUUCUGACUCAUGUCUUUUAUUAAAUGUCAUGUUGUAUACUGAGGCCUAUUUUUAAGGUUUUGUAUUUAUUUGCUGUAUUGUACCUUUAUUUUACCGUAUAAUGUAUCAUGGUAUGCAGUGCUUUAUUUUUAUUUACAGUACAUGCACAUACAGUGUAGUAUCUUCAUGUAAGCUGUGAUACUGAAUGUGGCUGCACAAUUUUUGGUUGAUUUCCACGUCCUCCCUGAAUAUGUCAGGAAUCAGUUCAAAGGAACUUGAGAUUUAUUGGAUAUUAUUUUAUUUUUGUUAUUUAAUUUAUUAUAAACUAAGAAAUGUAUUUCUUUUUAUGAGAAUAAAGUUAUGAAACCAUGGAUAA